AAAGGGAGAGUGGAGGGGCUCCCAGACUUUGAGUUUAUUCCUCAUGAUGUCUCCCGUCCUGGCUGGUUAUUUCUAGGGUCAUGAGUGCUGUUUUGAUGGAUUGUUCUGAUGAGAAAAGUAAACAGAUUGUGUGUGAGGCAGCUCUGGAAGAAAACACUGAAUGAGGAUGAGUAAAGCGGAAGUGGAGGAGAGCAUCAUGUCAUACCUGUCGCAGAGCGAGAUUGACACUAGCCCCACAGACUUGAAUGUGGUUGCCAUGCUCCAUCACUUCUGGGAGCAGAGGCAGACAGCUCAGUUGAAUGGUUCCUCCAGUGAAUCAGAUGGUUCUGUUGGGGAUGCCGCCAUCCAGACAGAGAGCCUGCUGCUGUAUGAGUCUGCACCGUCCCCCGGUCCUCCGUAUGUCUGCUAUGUCACUCUGCCCGGAGGAAGCUGCUUUGGUAACUAUAAGGUGUGUGACACCCAGGCAGAGGCUCGGAGGGAUGCAGCUCGCGUGGCCCUGAUGAACUCACUUGUGAAUGAGCUGCCGUGUCGACGCAUCAACCCUCAGUUCAUCACUCAGAGUUUGCAGCAGGCAGCCACAGACAGUGCUGUCUCUAUAGAAGAUGCCUGUGACUCAAGCACCAGUAUAGGAACCUACAGUUUGCUGCUCCACUCCUACAUAGGAAGGACCAUGCUGGAGUUCCAGGAGAUGAUGACAAUUUUCCAGUUGUUGCAGUGGAACGGGACUCUGAAGGCUUUGAGGGAAAGGCAGUGCUCUCGGCAGAGUGUGAUUUCCUAUUACUCUCAGCGAGGACUCGAUGAGUACAUGCGCAGCAGCAUGGCUCUGGAUUGGCUUGGACGGGAGCAGAGGUCACCAGGGCUACUCGGGGAGGAGCUGCAGGUGGCGCAGAGGGAGCUGGUGUUGGCCCGCCGUCGAGGCAUUGAGCUGCGCUUCUACAAGGAAAAGACAGAGAUCCUCAGCUUGGCCCUGAGUCAGGCAUACAUUCACCACACACCUGAGGCCUUCAGCGAGGCGCCAAGUCACACAUACAAGCAAGAACAACUUCCUUUACACACAUUUUACAGCCAGAACACAGGAGUCCAGAUAACCCCACCCUGCAGUCCAUCAGCAACCCCCCAUAAAAGCACAAAACAAACAGUGUGUCAAACCUCUGGUAAAUAUAUGCCCUCCUAACAUUCCUUCACCGUGCUCUCAGCAGACUUAUGUGCCUUUUAAAUGGCUUUGAAUAGACUGAAGCAGAAGGUAGAGGAUGGACAUCAAUUGACUCUUUUAAUGAGCUUAAACUGGAGAUCUGACAUCUGCCUGGGAGAACAGAGCAUAUCAUAGACAUGGUCUUUAGGUUGUCCGUAGACAUCAGAGUCAUCAUGAGAGUUACAAAUAUUGUGUAGUAAUUAUGAUCUAACUUUAUUAACAUGGUUUGUGUCUAUAUGAAUAAGCCUUAAAGGUACUGUAUGUGUAAUGUAUUUACAACUUUAACCACAAGCAAUACAGCUUUCAAAUGAUUUAAAGGAAGACUUCACCCACAAAAUGACCAUUUGUAAAUCAGUCAUGCCCUGUUACCUUGAAUGCAUGAA